ACGUGGUAUGGGUGGUCAUGCCUUUUGGCCUCACCAACCCCCCGACGACCUUUUAAGCAGCAAUGACCAACGAGUUUCGUGCAAUGUUGGACCGGUGCAUGCUGGUCUACUUAGACGACAUUCUCGUCUAUAGCCGGACAUUGAAGGAUCAUCUUGGACAUCUUCGACGAGUGUUGGAGAUGCUCCGCCGCGCCAAGUACAAAGCCAACCGCGACAAGUGCGAAUUUGUCCGGCAAGAGUUGGAAUACGUGGGCCAUUUUGUCACACCGGAGGGUAUCAGUCCGCUAUCGGACAAGAUUCGAGUCAUCCAAGAGUGGUCGAAACCGCGGAACGUCAUGGAUGUCCAUUCGUUCCUUGGCCUUGUCGGCUACUACCAACGUUUUAUCGAGGCAUACUCGAAGGUUGCGACCCACUUGACCAAGCUUCAAUGCGAGGAUCGACCGUAUGACUUCGGAGAGGAUGCGCGGGAAUCAUUUUUGACUUUCAAAGCCACGCUAUUAUCUGCGGAGGUCUUGCGCAUAUACGACCCGCUAUUGCCUACGCGCGUCACUACGGACGCGUCCGACUAUGGCAUUGGUGUUGUCCUCGAGCAACACGAUGGCGUGGACUGGCACCUGGUCGAGUAUUUCAGCAAGAAAGUGUCCGUCGUGCACUCCAUUGACGAUGCACGCAAGAAGGAGCUCCUCGCCUUCAUCCACGCGCUCAAGCGGUGGCGGCACUUCCUCCUUGGUCGAAGCCAAUUCCGAUGGGUAACGGACAACAAUCCGUUGGUCUUCUACAAGACCCAAGACACCGUCAACAACACCAUCGCCCGGUGGAUGACUUUCAUCGAACAGUUCGACUUCUUUCCCGAUCACAUUCCGAGGAAGUCGAACCGUUUUGCGGAUGCUCUUUCACGGCGUCCGGAUCAUUGUACCGCAGUCUAUUCGACCUUCGGGAUGGGCGACGACCUGCGGGACAACUUCAUCCGUGGCUACCAAGCCGACCCCGAGUGUCGCGACAAGUACGUGAAUUGCCCCUCUCCUAAUCCGGUGCCUUCUCACUAUUGGAUCCAAGAGGGGUACUUGCUUGUCCACAAGCGGGGGAAGAACCUUCUUUGCGUACCGAGUGACUCUCACUUGCGUACACGGCUUCUUGGCGAGUUCCACGAUGCUCCCGCCACCGUACACGUGGUGUCAAUUGCACAAUUAGCCGACUUCGUGAGCGAUUUUGAUGGCCCGACCUUCUCGACGACGUCACACGCUAUGCGAGGCUGCGAAGAAGAGAAGGAGAAGGAGAUGGCAAAGGCGAAAGGCGACGAAGUCCACGAGCUGUCACGGGGCCAUUGACAUUCUGGCCUGCCGCAACGGGGACAUCUCAACCUUCUGGCCUGCCGCCAAAACGAUACACCCAAACAAAAAAUAUGUGCCGCC